AUGAGGCAGCAAGAGGAGCAGGAGAGGGGAACCAGGAUACAGAUGAAAGGAGACUUAAAGAUGAAAGAGAAGGAGAUGGCUGAGGCUGCUCCAUAUGCCAGGGCCCUGCCCAUACCCACCCACCAUAAGGAAGCCCUGUUUUCUGAAGCAUAAGAACAUUUCCACUUAGCUCCUGCUCAUGCUGGGUACCACCCCAUUCAACAUGCCACCUGCUGCCUUUGUGUCAGGGAGGUGAGCCAUGACCUAGGGGUCAAGGUGGGUACCACGCCCAGAGAGCCUCUGAAAAGCAUGUACAAAGUAGAGCUGAAGAAGAGUAGCCAUGGUCAGACUGGAUGGUGCUAAUACUCAAGAGCCCCAGGGCGGCAGCUCUCGCUUAGUAUGGAGGGGAAGACAUGGUGUGUGUGUGUGGUGUGUGUGUGUGGGGGGGUGGAUUGAGGCAUGCACUUUGACUUUGUAGGCCUAGCCAGUGGAAAACAGAAAGUGCUCAGGAGGGAGAAGGCACUGGGAUGGCUGAAGAGAGCUGGGCAAAGGAGGGAGCAAGCCCAGGAGGAGGCAGAGAGAGCCAUCCUGGAGAUGAAGUGGAAAGACAGGGCUGAGAAGGAGACAUGCCCGCAUCAUGAGAAAUUGCUGCUUGCAGCAAUGGAUCCCUUCCCUUUUCUUUAA